UGCAAUGUUUAUUUUCUUCGUGUCCUUGCGCCUCGUGUUUGAAUCGACGUUCUUCCCUCGUUAAAAAUAUGAAUGUCGAAUUGAAAGAGCUUUCAGAACCAUGUUCAACAACUACAAAGGUUUUGGUGCUCAUUUGCAGGAAGUUGAAAAAAAAAUUAAUGUCCCUGAGUGUGAAUUCCAUGAAUGCACAUUUGAAUACCAAGUCACAUUCCAAUACCAAGUCACAUUUGAAUACCAAGUCACAUUUGAAUACCAAGUCACAUUUGAAUGCCAACUUAACUUUGAAUGCCAACUUAACUUUAAAUGCCAACUCACCUUUGAAUGCAUACAAUGAAGUUACAAUGAAUAAAGUUAUAUUAAUUAAUGAAGUUACAUCAGUAAACAAAGUUAAGCAACUGAAUGAAGUUACAUCAUUAAAUAAAGUUACAUCAAUGAAUAAAGAUGCAGCAAUGAAUAAUUUCAUAUUAAUGAAUACAAAAUGUAUAACAAAAAAUCCCAAAAGUAUGACAUCCAACAGUACAAAAAGCAAAAUCACCUCAUUUUGUAACCUUUUGUCACCAUCUGUAGUUUCCUCACCUGCAGGCGGAGUAACGCCUUGAGCAGGCGUCUUGUUAAUAUUAGUUUGGGCAUAUUUAGAUUCGGCAUAUAUAGGACAUCUGAGGCGCCGUUAACAAGCGUGGUACCGAUUUGCAUAAAAUCAUACCAUUCUUAUCAAAUUAAUGAGCAUUUGUUAACAAUGGUUGCAUAAUCCCCACGCGUAUAAAAAUAGUUGGUAAAAUCAACCAAGUCAAAGCAAAAUGAACCGCAAACAAAAAGAGGCCGAAAGAUCAAGAAAAAAUUAUUACAAAAAGAAAGAACAACUACAAAAAUAUAUAGACUUCUAUUCAUACAUGAUGAGGGAGAACAUCGGUUUCGUACUUAAAUUUGAGGGAAUCAAAGUUGGUACUCCUGAACAGAGGUUUUGGGACGCCAUCGAGAACUUUGAUAUAUCAUUCUUGGACGAACAGUAAAAAAAAAUGAAAUAGACGGAUCAUAACGUAUAAUAGUGUAGUAAUACAAGUAUAAUAAUAUAGACGGUUCAUAACAUUUAGCGUAGUAAAAUUAAAUGAAAAAUGUCAAUUCAGUCACAUUGUCCUCACUUAAUGAUCAUUA